AUGAUCACGCAGCUGAGAAGAGAGCAAGUGUAUCACGACGGUGGCCGGGAGGAGAGUGCAACUGGCAAUUGUAACGAGGAAGUAGAUAUGUUGGAAUCUGAUAUGUUGAAUGAUUUUUUGUUCAGAUCCGCAGAGGGCAGGGGAAACGUUGACGGUAGUGAGAAAGGGUUGGGAAGUGGCCGUAACGAGGAUGAGGAUGCGAUAUUUGAUGCUUUCAUCAAUACCGACUCUCUGGAUGGCGGUGCGGGGGUCGCAAACGGGUUGGUGUUGAAUCCGAGAUUCAAUGCUGGUGGAGAUGUGUUUCAGCAGCCUGCUUUCUCGAUGACCUCCGCUCAGUUAGACUGUCGUCUGGUAGGUAACGAUGGCAUCGUUUCGGAUCCUAAUUCACGCUCGCCUACUCCCAUCUCUGACUCUGCCGGAUACCACAGGCAGUGUCAGGAGACUGUGGAGAAGUCGCUGGUCUUUGGCAGGACAGAGCCUUUGCAGACUUCUCCUGUCGACCCUACGGAAUAUGUGAACCUGGAUGAAACUAGUUUGCCCUACAAACUGUCGGUCUAUGGAUUGCCCGAGGUAUCUCGUGUGGAAAAUCAGAUAAAACUCACCUUGAAGAUUGAUCCAUCCAUGAGGCCCUGUAUGGUCCAUCUCCCAUCAGACUGUAUCGCGAGACAGAAGUUUUACCUUGAAAAAGAUGUCAAACAGUAUCCCCAGGAGUUUCAAGACCAGUUGAUAUAUGUUGAGGCGUUCCUUCUGUGUGCAACUUCCAAUAAGACUACUUUUGUUUGCGCAAGGUGCGUCAAGAGGGAACACAGAAGAGCUUCGAGGAGGAAAUCUGGUUUAAGCGAUAAUGUUCUUUGGUGUAAUAACAACAAUAGAAGAGCUAUUAUUUUCAAUAACAAGCAGAUUUUUGUCACCAAGGAGGCCGAUCGCGACAGAUCUUCAACGGAAUUCGAUCUUACAGCCCGAAUCGUUUGCUACUGUCGGCACCAUAAAUCCCCUGAAGGAUUCAAGAUUCUCUUUAUUUUGAAGAAUUCAACGGGGCAGGUCCUGGCAAAGAACGUCACUAGCUCCAUCGUGAUUAUGGAUAAGAAACCUAGUAACGCUACAACCGAAUCGCCGAUAAUUGCGCAGUGCAAUAGCAACACGGAUUCUGGCUUGGACACUGCGGGCGAGGUUUUCUCUAAUGCCAACUCUAGUGACAGGCCAGCUACUACUUCUGCUAGCGAUAAUGGGAAUCAGGAAAUACAAUUCAACUCAGGAAAAUACUUUGCUAUGACAGAUAUAUCCCCUUUGAAAAUGGAGGCAGACCUGAACAUGCGGUUGGCGUUACCAAAUGGACCAAUGCUGUCCCCCACCUCUAUGAGUGAAGAAGGAUCAGAAGCUCAGGCUUCAGCGGUAGAAAGUAGAAGGCUUUCACAUCCAAUUGGCUCUGUUUCAACUCCAGCCGCUGUAGCUCGGACGGAGAAUUACCAACGGAAAAGACCACGCAAUGAGGGCGUGCCUGACAACAGUUUGAUGUCACGAAGAACAUGGUCAAACUCAUCCUUGUCGAAAAGCGUUUCAAGCUCUCAAGUUAUUUCACAACCAUCUUCGCAGGUGCUGCGAACAAUGCCCGAUUUCUUGUCCACUCCCAACCCUGGUCAGCCAUCAAUUCAGCGUGUGAUACCAGCGCAGGGGCCAAUCAAUGGAGGUAUUGAGAUCACUUUACUAGGAACAAAAUUCAAAGAUGGACUUCUUGUUAAGUUUGGAGAGAACAUAGCUCUCUCCACCCAAUGUUGGAGCAAGACAACAAUGGUCACAUAUUUGCCUCCUGCAUCUUGUGCCGGUCAAGUUUUUGUGACAGUGAUUGACCCUGAUGACAAUAAUUUAGUCGAGACACAUCCAAGUAACAAGGCAGUUUUUACUUAUGUGGAUGAUACUGACAGGCAAUUGAUUGAAUUAGCACUUCAGAUAGUCGGUUUGAAAAUGAAUGGUAAGUUAGAAGAUGCUCGGAAUAUCGCCAAGAGAAUUGUUGGCAAUGACGCCGGUUCCAAUUCAUUAAGUCCUUCCAACAUCUCACCAGGUAACAAUUCGGCUACCAAUCAAUCAUCUACCCACAAGAACAUCGGUUACUCUGACGAAUUGCUACUUGUGAAGGUGGUUAAAUCUUUACAUGUCAAUUCUAAUCUGUCCAUGUGCGACAAUUUAGGUCGUACCUUACUUCAUCUGGCAUCUCUCAAGGGCUAUAGUAGUUUAUGUUCAACUUUGAUCAAAAACGGUGCUCGUGUCAACGAUAAAGAUCUGUACGGUUUUACUCCACUUCAUUUUUCAUGUGUUAGUGGUGAUCUAAGGGUCAUCCGCUUGCUGGCGGAGUGUAAAGCAGAUCCUUCCAUUAAAGCCUGCAAUUCCGUUACAGCAAAACAGUUAUUCAUUGCCAAUCAUAAAUCGAAGAUUGGGCUGAACCAUUACUUCAAAGAGGUCACUGAUCUUUUAGACGACCUUGAAGCGACGAAUAUCUUCAGGAGCAAUAGCAGAAAAAUGUCAGAUUCCAGCUUCCAUUCGAGCGUCUUUGAGAACGAAUCCUUAUGCUCUUUGGACAACAUUAAUGCUGGUAUAAAAACGUCAGGAAUCAGCAGGGAUGAAGACCGAUCGGAUUACAAUGAAAGUGAUUUUGAAGAAGAUGGAGACGAAAGUCUGCUUACUGGAGACGAGGCCGAAGAAGCGGCUGAUCCCAAUGUGGGAGACAACGAAAAUAAAAAGAUCGUUAAGAAAGGAAGGAAAAAUGGUAUGGAUAAGUCGUUACUAAACCGAAUGCUUCAUUAUUUGAAUGACGAGCUGCCCAAAUACGAGGAUUUGUUUCCUGGAUCUCAUGAAACUGGCGAAGACAAAAUCGAACCAGCCAUCGUGGAAACUCAGGGUAGCGAGCUUCAAGCGGAAGCAGCAUCCACUACAGAAGAUUUUCAAACGUCUUCUGAAGAUGAAGAGGAUGCCCUCCAACAGGGCUUCAACGGCUUCUUCCAGCAAAGACAGAACUUUCAGAACGAUAAAAUGUUACUGUUUUUCUGGCUUCCACUCACAAUCGUUCUUCUGACAUGGUACGUUUUUUACAGAUUCGGACAAGAAGACGACAUUGUUCAUUAUUUCACCAGGAUGGUUUCAGAAUAUCUAAGGAUGGUACUGGCCAAGAUUUUGCUAGGAAACGAAAGGAUGAAGACGGCAUUCAAGGAACAACUUACGAUGAUUCAAAAUACUGGUAUUUUGAAUGAUUUCAUAGUAACUUGA